AUUGCGAAAAGGACUAACCGGAAGUUAUUCAGGGCUACAGAUGUGCUGAGGCUACAGGAGAAACGUCRGCUAUGGCUGAGACCCACAGCUUACAGGACCUCCAGCAGCCGGCUGUCUCCUCCAAGGUGUUUGUCCAAAGGGACUACAGCUCAGGAACAAUAUGCAAGUUUCAGACCAAGUUCCCCUCUGAGCUCGAGUCAAGGCUCGAUAAGCAGCAGUUUGAGGAAACCAUCCAGACUCUAAACAACCUGUAUGCGGAGGCAGAGAAACUGGGAGGGAAGUCCUACCUAGAAGGUUUCCUGGCUUGUAUGACUGCCUACACCAUCUUCCUCUGUAUGGAGACACACUAUGAGAAGGUGUUAAAAAAGAUUGCCAGAUUCAUAAAGGACCAGAAUGAGAAAAUUUAUGCUCCAAGGGGCUUGCUGCUGACGGACCCCAUAGAGAGAGGCCUCAGAGUUGUUGAAAUCACGAUCUUUGAAGACAGAAGUAUCGGCUCUGGAAGAUAAAAGAAACACGUGGUUCGAUGACAUUCACCUGCUUCACCUGGAAAAUGUUUGAGUUUGGACAUGGUGUUCAUUUUAGUCAUCAAAGACAACAAAAUUCCUGGACUUAAAUGCCUCCUGACCAAAAACAAAAGGAAAAAAAAGACAAAACAACCUAAAACUUUGAUAGAGGUCAUUAAUCACAAGUAGCCCAAACAAUAAAGCACACAUUUCCUUCAUUUAAUAAUGAUUCCAGUACACAUAUCGGGACUUACGUAAAGCAUCCCAGAAAUUUAUAUUGACAUAAGCUUUUGUGUUUCCUUGAACAUAUUUUUUCUUUUUGUCUCACUUUCACUCCAAAGGCCGAUGAAAGCAUCUGUCUGAUGUUGUAUUUACAGAGAUCUUCGCCUCCGUUUUGUGUAUACUUUUGAUGUAAUAAUUUCUCCUGUUAUUUAUUAGAUUUUGAUGGUCUCUUUGUACACAUUUUUUGUCCUUUUAUGCACAAUCAUUGUUUAAAUUGUAACCGAGUUGAUCUGACCAGUUUUUAUAAAUUGUGCCAUUGUGUUGAUUGCCAUUUUUUAAAUCACAACAACUGUAAAUUAUUUUGAAAUUUGUCAAGAAAGUAUGGUUUUGUCACAACUGACAUUAGGUACAGGGUGGGUUUGAGUUGUUGACAGUAAAUGGUAAAUUGAUGUGUACUUCUACACAGUAUUGACAUGUUCGGUGGGUUAAAGCUCUGGUGAGCAAAAAAAUGUUUUUGUAUCUUGUAAUAGAYUGUAAACUUUUUGGGGGUGGGGGGAGGGGCGGGGGGACAUGUUUUAAAAGUUGUAAACAUCCUAUUUAUUAGACAGAUAGGAGCAUGUUUCCCCAAGUUCAUCUCCAAAUCAUACAGUAAACUUAUUGCAUUAUGAAAACUCUUUUCUGUGAUAUUAUAAAAGUGCACCAACGCUUCUUAAUUUUUGUCUGCAGCAUAUUUAUGUUGCAAAUAUAUUAUUCAUCAUCUUUGAACACAACAGAAAUGUGAACCCUCUGCACAUGAUUAUUUUUGUGUUUGAUUCAGUCACCUGUCUUCGCUGUCAUGUUUUAUGUUUUAAAUAAAUUCAGGUUUCUUGAAUUCUGUGUACUUUUAAUUAGAAAAAUAAACUUUAAAAGCGAAA